AUGGCAUCUGAAAAUAUCCAAGAAGUUGACUCCAACUUGAUCGAAUCUAACUACGACAAUGUCGUCUACACCUUUGACGAACUUAACCUCAAGCCAGAAAUUAUCAGAGGUAUUUUCGCUUACGGUUACGAACAGCCUUCUGCUAUUCAGCAAAGAGCUAUCUUGCCAAUCACUGAGGGUAGAGACGUUCUUGCCCAGGCCCAAUCUGGUACCGGUAAGACCGCCACUUUCACCAUUUCCGCAUUGCAAAGAAUCGACGAGAAGUUGAAGAAAACCCAAGCAUUGAUUCUCGCCCCAACCAGAGAAUUGGCUUUGCAAAUCCAAAAGGUUGUGUUGGCCAUUGGUAUGCACUUGGAUCUGACUGUUCAUGCUUCAAUUGGUGGUAAGGCUGUCCAAGAGGACAUGGAGGCCCUUAGAAACGGUGCACAAAUCGUUGUUGGUACUCCAGGAAGAGUUUACGACAUGAUCGAGAGAGGUUACUUCAAGACCGAUGCCAUCAAGAUGUUCAUCAUGGAUGAGGCUGAUGAGAUGUUGUCGUCUGGUUUCAAAGAACAAAUCUACAACGUGUUCCGUUUCUUGCCAACCACUACUCAGGUUGUCUUGCUUUCCGCUACCAUGCCUCAAGAUGUUCUGGAGGUCACCACUAAGUUCAUGAGAAACCCAGUCAGAAUUCUUGUCAAGAAGGACGAGCUGACUUUGGAAGGUAUCAAGCAGUUCUACAUUGAUGUCGAUGAGGAACAAUACAAAUUCGACUGCCUGUGCGACUUGUACGACUCCAUUUCUGUCACGCAAGCCGUUAUCUUCUGUAACACCAGAAGAAAGGUCGAGACCCUUACCCAACAAUUGACCGAGAACAACUUCACUGUCUCUGCUAUCCACUCCGACUUGAGUCAGCAAGACAGAGACACCAUCAUGAACGAGUUCAGAACGGGUUCUUCCAGAAUUUUGAUUUCUACCGACUUGCUGGCCAGAGGUAUUGAUGUUCAGCAGGUCUCGUUGGUUAUCAACUACGACUUGCCAUCCAACAAAGAAAACUACAUUCACAGAAUCGGUAGAGGUGGUAGAUUUGGUAGAAAGGGUGUUGCCAUCAACUUGAUCACCAGAGAGGACACUGAGAUGCUCAGAGAAAUCGAAAUGUUCUACUCCACUCAAAUUGUUGAAAUGCCUUCAAGCAUUAACGACUUGUUCGAUUGAACUAAUAAGACUUGAACUAUCAGGUUUGCGCCUUUACAUGUGAAUUUAUAUAACUUGUGUAAGACUCAAGCAUGCACGAGGUUAGUGAUUUAUUUAUUUGUUUCUUUUAUUUUCUCCGUUUCUUUAGACUCCUCCCCUAUCUUGUCCUUCGACGCUGGUGCCUCUGGCUCCUUCAGUCUCUUCUGUUCAUCCUGUUCGUCUCUCUUUUCCUCAUAUUCAUCCAAAUUUAUAUCGUCUUUCAGACCAGUCUUCACAUUUUUGCUUCGUAAAUUCUCUUCCUUGAUCAACUCGUCUUGCUCUUUGAGGAUGCUUAGCUUCAAUGCGUCAUCAUCCUGAAACAUUUCGAGUUUAGCGACAUUGUAUAAUUCAUCUGGAAUAGAGGAUAGAACUGCCAACAGUGCGUCAUAGUAGCUUUCGAAACUGUCAGCAUGUUCACCAUAUGUGAACGUGGAGGAGAGAAUAAGCAAAGAGGAUGGAAUCUUUUGUCUCAAUCGAAGGUCCAACCAAAUCCUCAAGUCAUCCCGCAAACGCGCUGGAGACGUACCAGUGGUUUUGAUUCCACGUGAGGCACAUGCAGUUUUUAGCUCCGGGACGGUAAGACUGUCCACACCCUCGUAGUCUAUGGCACGGUCGUCCUUGAUGAUUUGCAUAAGCUUGUGUCUAAUUUGGUAUCUCAAAAUCUCAUCUGUUCCAUAUGCGGACAUUCCCAUAUACCUUGACAUGGCCACCAAUUGCGGACGUGAGAGGUUAUCCAGAACUUGGUCAUUCUUGAAACACCUCGCUAUUUUUAUCAAUUCCUCGUGGCUGGGCUUUGCUCCUCUGUGGAUUGUUUUGAAGAAUUUAACGAACAGCUCUUUAUCAGCCUCAUCUAUCUUGGUUGGCAAAAUUAAUCCGCUUUCACGAAAAGUCUUCUGGAUGAACUCCGAUGCCUUUUGUCUGGUGUUGGCCAAAUUGGAUGUCUUCCGUUUUCGGUCCUUCUCUGACUCGUAUGUGGAAGGCAGCAUGUUGGGAAACAAUUUGAGAGCCACUGGCAGCAAAAGCUCUGCAAAAGGAACCAGAAUGAACACAGAGAAAGGCACUAGUCUAAGGAUAUCUGUCGUUGUUCUGGUCAAUUGCUUGGUCUCUCUUCUGGUCAAUUCGUAACCUGCGAGCAUCUUGAUGAGCAGUUUUGACGAAACUUUGAUUUCAAAACCUAGAAGUUUCGUUCCGUGCCAAUAAUGUUGCACUUCCUUCAUGAUCUUCUGACCCAAAGUAAGCUUUGGUGGCGAGUCUUCCGUUUUCGUCAACCGUUUCUCGUUCGACUCCUGCUCAGUGGUCGAGUACAUGCGAAUGCUCUGAUAUUUCUGUACUCUGUAUAAUAUAAUGUGUGGAUUGAAAGCACGCACGGGCCGAAGCCCAAGUGGUCGUCCAAUCUUGAGCAUGAUAACU